CGGUGACGUGCGGGGCAGCGGCGGGGAUUUAAACGUGUCUCCCAGACCGUCAGCUCUCGACAAACGACGUCCACUGCCGUUGUGUGUGGUAAGGAUUGACCGCCGUUAGGAUCGCAUCCAAGCUUGAUUCAAGCCAAUCGUACGAGGGCGACGAAUUAUCUUAUCGGAUCACUUGAAAUAAGGGAUAUAUAUAUCCAAUGGUCCUCCUUGCAAGAGCGCGUGUCCUCCGCACCUCGUCUCGUCCCUUCACCUCCCUUUUUACGCGCACCAUGGUCCACGAAGCUGUCAUCGUUGCCGCAUCGCGCACGCCGGUUGGCUCGAUCAAUGGUGUCCUUAAGACGGUCACCGCCCCCCAACUCGGUGUUGUCGCCCUCAAGCAUGCCUUCGAGACCUCCAAGGUCGACCCUGCCGUUGUUGAGGAGCUCUACUUUGGCAACGUUGUGCAGGCUGGCGUCGGCCAGUCGCCUGCUCGUCAGGUCGCACUUGGCGCGGGCAUGAAGACUAGCUCGGAUGCGACAACCAUCAACAAGGUCUGCGCGAGCGGCAUGAAGUCUGUCAUCCUCGCGGCCCAAGCUAUUCAGUCCGGCGACAAGAGCGUUGUAGCGGCCGGCGGUAUGGAAUCGAUGAGCAACGCACCGUUCCUCUUGCCUCGCCAGAACCCUGCCUUCGGCAAGUUCACUGCCCAGGACUCGCUUGAGAAGGAUGGGCUGUGGGACGUGUACCACGACUUCUCCAUGGGUCACUGUGGCGAGCGCGCGGCCGAGAAGCACGGCAUCACCCGCCAGUCGAUGGACGAGCACUGCAUUGAGUCCUACCGCCGCGCAGAGCGCGCAUGGAAGGAUGGCGCGUUCAAAGCGGAGAUCGCUCCGGUAACUGUCAAGGGCAAGAAGGGCGACACCGUGGUGAACGAGGACGAGGAGUACAAGCGCAUCAUCUACGAGAAGGUCCCUACGCUUCGCUCUGCUUUCAAGAAGGAUGGUGGCAUCACUGCUGCUAACUCUUCCCCCUUGAACGAUGGCGCGUCCGCACUCAUCCUCAUGUCGGCGGAGAAGGCGAAGGAGCUUGGCCUGAAGCCUUUGGCUAAGGUCGUCUCCUACGCGGACGCCGGUGUUGAUCCCAUCGACUUCCCUGAGGCACCCACUGUUGCCGUGCCGCUUGCCCUGAAGAAGGCUGGGCUUGCGGUGGACGACAUAGCUCUCUGGGAAGUCAACGAGGCUUUCUCCGUUGUCGUUAGGAUAGUUGAGAAGGUCCUCAAGGUCGAUCCUGCAAAGAUCAACGUCAAUGGCGGUGCCGUUGCGCUCGGUCAUGCUAUCGGUAACUCUGGUGCGCGGAUCAUCGUCUCGUUGGUCCACGCACUCCAGUCUGGCCAGUACGGCGCUGCUGGUGUCUGCAACGGGGGAGGAGCGGCGUCUGCCAUCGUUAUUCAGAAAUUGUAACAUAGUGCUUUCACAUUGCUCUGUACACGCCAACACUAGAUCUCCCCAACAUACUGCAUAAUUUGGAUCGGUGUUCAACAUGAACCUUUCGAGGGUGCCUGCGGGCUUCGUGCAUCAAGCUCUGUUAGGCGCGUCAAAAGAACGGCACAAGGCACCUCGCGUACAAUGUUCUCUGUACAAGUAAGGAUCAUCGGAUCGAAUGAAAAGCUUGUUUGAACUGCCG